AUGGUCAGAAAAUCUCUCCCCCGCUCUUCCAGUGAUGACUCCAGCUCAAUACAACCCAUAUUCGGCGGGGUGGUCGAGACGGAAGGAAACCGACUCACAAGCCCUGACAAUAACACCCGGACCGGUGAGGACCCCAGACAAUUGAUUGCGAGCGACCAUAUUCAGCAUGCACAAGUCUUCACGCCACUUUCGGUUCACCGAAAUGCAACCAAGAGCUCUAGUCACAUACAGGAGUCUUGCUUGAUGCGAUAUUUUAUUGAGGAGCUUUCCCCGUGGUUUGACCACUGCGACGAGCGACGGCAUUUCCAGCUCGUAGUUCCUCUUCGGGCUGAAAAUUGUCUCGCUCUGCGAAAUGCGGUAUUUGCGGUAUCAGCCCGUCACCUUUGCCGUUUACCACACUACCUCACCCCGCAAGGGAUCUCAUAUCACGGGCAGCUUUUACCUCAGUUGACCAAAACAACAUCGCUGGAGUAUCUUUUGAAGUGCAUUCCAGAGUUGGUGCGAUUUCACGAAAUUGAAGAUCCAACCCAUCAGGAGAACAUCAUGGCAGCCACAGUGAUACUACGGCAGUACGAGGAAAUGGAAGAAGAGCUUGAAGAGGGAGAAAUCGGAAAUUAUGCCAAUAAGCGGGUCAACUUUCUCGCCAUCACCCAUACGAUCAUCAACACCAUGAUAUCAACACCACACGAUCACUCUCUUACCAACGCGGCCUUUUGGAUAACCGCGAGACAAGAUGUUUAUUGUGCCUUAACGAGGCAACGACCACCGGAAUUUCGGUUCGGAUCAGAGACUUUGAAGCCGUCAGCUGCCAACACAAUGAUCAUAUUUGCUAGUGAAGUGGCGAAGUGGCGCUGGGGAUCGAAGGCUGUUGAUGAAUGGGAACUUCUCAAGGCAAGGCAGCACAAGCUCGACAACGAAUACAUGCAUGAGCUCGCACCGCUUCUCGAAAGAAAGGCCGAGCCAGCGAAGGGGUCAAUUUUCCCUACUAUCUGGUUCUCGUUUGAGGCCAAUGUCACAGCGGUCCAACAUUUCAAAUUAGGUGAAAUGAUUCUGAUCGCAGAAAGUCCAUACCUCGAGAAAGCGCGAAGUGCGGUACACCGCAAAGCAGAGGCCCAGGUUCGCGAAAUCGUUCUAUCUCUCUGUGGGAUUGCAACAAGUCACCCACGAUGUCAUCCUGCGUUAGUCAACGCUGUGAUUGCUAUCACCCUUUAUGGUGAAUAUUUCACUCGCCAAGACGAACGAACGGCACUUCUGGGUAUCAUUCAUCAGACCAUGGAUCUGCAUGCCUGGCCCAUGAGAAAGGCAUACCAGACUCUCAACCAACAGUGGGAGAUGAUUGAUUCCCUUCAGUAUUAA